AAUUACAUCCCUCUCUUUACAUUUGCAAAAGGAAAGAUGACUCCACGGCGUCUUCCUCGUUUCAUUUGUUUUUUGAGUGGAACCUCGUUUCAUUUGUUUUCACGCUAGCUCACGUGUUCCAUCGCCCUAGCUCGCUUGCUGUUUCUUGCUGAGAUUGCAGUUUUGGGUUUGUUAAUUUUGAAUACUUUCCUCAUAUCCCCGUUCUUCAAUCCUUGGUCCAUCGCGUCAGUACUCAGUAGACACCAGACACCAUUUCUUGGCGAGCCGUAGUUGAUGUCAUCUGUCUUCCAUGGUUCAGCCUCCCGGAAGAAGGUCCCUACCUGACUGGAGAUCCGGCCUGCCAGAGGAUCUCCUCGAGUCCAUCGGGAAGCGUCUCGCGUCAGGCCACGACGCGGCGGCCUUCCGAUCCGCUUGCUCCCCAUGGCGCGCCGCCGUCCCGUUCGCGAUCUUCGGGCCGCUCCUGCUACUCCCGUUCGACGCCGACUCGGACCGCGUUGGCUUCUAUUGCGUCUCGGAGAAAAAGGUCUUCUCCAAGACGCUGCCCGACGUGCGCGGCAAGGUCCCGUGCGGCUCGUCGUGUGGGUGGCUGGCGCUCAUGGACGAGGCUGCGGCCGUCACGCUGCUGAAUCCAUUCGCUGGUGCUGGUGCCGGUGCCGGCGCGGGUGCCCGCCGCAUUGAGCUCCCGCCAGCAGGUGAACAUGUCGCGGCGGCGUCCUCAUCGGAACCCGUGUAUAAGGUCCACGGCCGGUGGGUCCUCCGUUCCACCGACGACUACGGAGGAGACAUAGAUGCAGGCAGAGUCAUCAAGCUACAAGACAUGAGGGACGUGUUUUUCCGUGAGAUCGUGCUCUCCGCGCCGCCUGACGCCGGCAGCGAGUGCGUGGCCAUGGCCAUGCUCGGGUGCUCCACGGAGGUCGCGUUCUGCCGGGUUGGAGUCGACAACGCAUGGACGCUGCUCGACACCAAACUGGACUUCUCCGUGGCCUCCAUCGUCCACUGCCAAGACAAGUUCUUGGCUAUCGACUACACUGGAGAGAUCUCCGUCUUCAGCAGCAACGCCGGCGCAUGGACGCUGUUGCCAUCGCUGUCGCCACCUGCGGGGCUCUGUCACCGGAGCUACCUGGAGUCAAACGGCGAGCUGCACAUUGUGGGUGCCAUGGUGAGCACGUCCCACGAGACGCAGACGUUCACUUACAGCAGCGCGAUCUACGCUUGCAACCUCCACGACCGUACGCCGGAGUGGUCCAGGGUGAAGGACAUCGGUGAUCAGACACUGUUCGUGUCUAAGCAUUUCAACGGAAGCUUCAGCGGAACAAGUGUAUCGGAGUACAAGGAGAACACAAUCUACUUCUCUGAACCCUUGUAUGGGGAUCCGUACGACAUGGUGCAUCGUUUGGAGAUCGUUGAUGUUGUUACCGGCAGAUCUGAAGUGAAGCCUGUGCACGAGAAGAUGCAGGGUUCCGAGAUUCUAGGUUGGAUUCGACCCAAUCUGUGGAAGGGAGGAAAUGAAAUCGGGCAAUCCAUUUCCCGCACCCUUUCUAAGAAGAGUAUCAUAUUCCUGUGGAGUUGGGUCCCUUGAUCGACGCCAGAAUUCAUGAAGAAAUUGUUCCAUGUAUGGCGUCACCUCUUGAAGGUUGGUCAAUACAUAUAGCAUGAUAUGGUGCCACUCUUCAUAUCUCAAGGUCUUGGUGGUCGAAUCACUUGCGCUUCUGAGUUGCCCUCGAAAUAUGUUGAGGGGGUGGAUUAUGCACGCUCGAUAGUUUGUCACCAUAGUAAGUUGUUGUGAAGUUUGACACCUCCUCUAGAAUGUAUGCCUCUUCAAUGGAAGCCUCAAUUUUGCAUUCAUUUCUACAUUUC